AUGGAGCACCGAUUCCAUGCUUUGCCUCCGGAAUUGAUACGCAAAGUCGGGCAAGAUCCACACGCAGUCGGCAUCAUAGUUUCCGUCAUAUUUAUUCUGACCUAUUUCUCCGCAGUCUUUAUCCUAGCCAGCUUCGACCACCCUUCUCCGUCCCUCCUUCUCCUAGUCUGCAAGACAGCCCACGAAUGGAUGAUUCCCAUCCUCUACCACUCUCUCAAGUUCACGACCGCCGGACAGCUUUCAAAAUUUCUUUCGUCUCAUGACCUACCAGAUGACCUCAUGUGCUCGUCAUUCUCACCGCCAUCGUCGCGUCUAGGCCUCAUCCAAAACAUGCACAUCGGAGAAACACCAACAGACAAAGGCAACCUCUUCUACGGCUCGACCAGCUGGCCGCUCACGAUCAUCACCCGCCUGUUCUGGCUCGCGCGGUCGCUGAAGCGGCUUACGAUCCUCAACCUCGACCAGAAUAAGUGGCGUAUGCUCGAGCACGCGGUGCCUGGCACGCUCGAGUACCUCGCGCUGGGACCGAUACACGGGCCGUUUAGGCCGCAGGAUCUCAAGCAGGCGCCGCCGCUCAAGAUGUUCACGAGCGUGCUCACGUUCAUGCGCGACGACGAGGUGCAGGACGUCGUGUGUUACCCGACUAUGCGGCGCGUGCGGAGGAUCCUGGAGAGCUCGAGUAUGGCGCCGCACUGGGCGAUCGAGCAAGUGCGCUGUGUGAGUAAGAGCAAGGGGCUGGAGAGGAUGGAGAUGCUGCUGCUUGGUAGGUCGCAGUAUACCGAGGUGGUGGCGGUGGUGAUGGAGGAACAAGCGAAAGUCGUGUCGGCGGACCCGAGGGUGGUUAUUGAGAAGGACACUAGGGGUUGGGUGGCAAUUUUAUAUGACGAGUGGGAAGAUUGUAGACUCCAGUUUCUGCCGGAAACGCGCAAAAUUGUGUUAUUCUACCCAGAAACUUGGAGACCGAUGAAUAUAUUGAAGCUUUCAACUGCUGCGAAUCCGCUCACGGCGCCGCUCCCCAGAAAAGAGGGCAUAAGCCCCGCUGAGAGGGCCGCCGACCGGUUCUCCAUCUCAGGCAACGCGAUCGUGACCGGAGGUGCAGGCGGGAUAGGCCUCGCAUGCGUCCGCGCGCUGCUCGAGCACGGCGCAUCGGGAGUGUGCAUUUUCGACCUCGAUGCUCGGUUCUCGAGUCCGAGCGCCCAAGCGGAUCUACGCGCCAUCCACGCCGAGUUUCCUGAUAGAAAAAUCGUGGAGGAGGUGGUGAAUGUUUCGCAGGAGAAUGAUGUACGGCGCGGGGUCGAGAGUGCGGUGCAAAAGCUAGGUGGUGUGAGCGUGCUGCUGUGUGCUGCAGGGAUCGCAAAGGACUGCGAGGCGACGGAGAUCACGAUGGAAUUUUGGAGGCAGAUUCAGGAUACGAAUACGACAGGGUCGUUUUUGUGCGCCCAGGCGGUUGGGAAGGAAAUGAUUAAGCAGGGUCAAGGAGGGAGCAUCAUCCUCAUCGCGUCCAUUGCAGCGCACAGGGCCAUCUUCCCCAUCAACCACACUGCGUACUGCGUCUCCAAAGCCGGUGUCCUGCAGCUCACCAAGUCGCUCGCGGCCGAGUGGGCACGACACGGUAUCCGCGUGAACAGUAUCAGCCCAGGUUACAUUGAGACGCCGAUGACACAGGUGGAGGAGUUUGCACUAGGAAAGCGCAUUUGGGAGGAGCACAAUCCGAUGGGCCGCAUGGGUGUUGCGGAGGAGAUUGCAGGCCCGGUGGUUAUGCUAGCGAGCCCGGCGGGGAGGUAUGUGACUGGUGUGGAUCUGGUGAUUGAUGGUGAGUCUUUCUUGUUCACAGCUCCGAAUCCCCUCAGCUCUUCCUUUUUAUCCGACAACCAAGCCACGUCGCCUUACCACACCCAUCCAUACCCAACCCCAGGCAACAUGUCUACCGCAGCUACCUCUUCAUCGUCGACCCCAGCCAGCGUCGAUUCAUCCUGGAAAUCGGGCCUCCGACCUCCUCCAAAAGAUAUCCGCCCCCAGACGGAAGAUGUCACAGCAACAAAGGGCACAGAAUUUGAGGACAUGUUCCUCAAGCGUGAGCUCCUGAUGGGCAUCUUUGAGGCCGGAUUCGAGAAACCUUCUCCCAUUCAGGAAGAAGCCAUACCCAUUGCCCUGGCCAAACGUGAUAUUCUCGCCCGUGCAAAGAACGGCACUGGCAAAACAGCCGCUUUCGUCAUCCCAUCCCUCCAGCAAAUCGAUAUCACCAAGCCCAAGAUUCAGGCUCUUCUACUCGUGCCCACCCGUGAGCUUGCCCUCCAGACAUCCCAGGUAUGCAAGAUCCUCGGCAAACAUAUGGGCCUCCAGGUCAUGGUCACCACCGGCGGUACCACCCUCAAAGAUGACAUUUUGCGUUUAUCCGAGACCGUCCAUGUUCUUGUCGGAACCCCUGGCCGUAUCCUGGAUCUCGCAGGCAAGGGCGUGGCAGACCUUAGCGACUGCCCCGUCUUUGUUAUGGAUGAAGCAGACAAGCUUCUUUCACCAGAAUUUGCUCCUGUAAUGGAGCAGCUCCUUUCAUUCCUCCCCACAGACCGUCAGGUUAUGUUGUUCAGUGCCACCUUCCCAAUGAUAGUUAAAGACUUCAAGGAAAAACACAUGCGCAACCCCUAUGAAAUCAACCUCAUGGAUGAGCUUACCUUACGUGGUGUCACCCAAUAUUACGCAUACGUCGAAGAGCGCCAAAAAGUUCAUUGUCUCAAUACCUUGUUCUCAAAGCUUCAAAUUAAUCAAUCUAUCAUCUUUUGUAAUUCCACCAACCGAGUCGAGCUGCUCGCCAAAAAGGUGACCGAGCUAGGCUACUCGUGCUUCUACUCGCACGCAAAGAUGCUGCAGUCGCACCGCAACCGCGUGUUCCACGACUUCCGUAACGGUGUAUGCCGCAACCUCGUCUGCUCGGACUUGCUCACGCGCGGUAUCGACAUCCAGGCCGUGAACGUCGUUAUCAACUUUGACUUCCCCAAGAACAGCGAGACGUACCUGCACCGCAUCGGUCGUUCUGGGCGCUUUGGCCAUCUCGGUCUCGCGAUCAAUCUGGUCACGUAUGAGGACAGGUUUAACCUGUACAAGAUCGAGCAGGAGCUGGGCACGGAGAUUCAGCCGAUCCCGCAGACGAUUGAUAGGGGGCUGUAUGUCGCCCCGAGCGGCGGGGAGGAGUCGCAGGUGCAGAGAGCGCCUCAGCAGGCCAGGCAGCAGGUUGCGCCUGCGCCAGCUCCUGUUGCUGCUGCUCCUGUACAAAGGAACGGACAGCAGCAACCUCAGCAACAGCAACCACCCCAGCAGCAACAGCAGCAGCAGCAUCAACAACAGCAACAGAUUCCUGCGAGGCAGAACGGUGCACCUCAGCAACAGCCUAGGGGUCAACCCGCUUACCGUGGCGGCGUCCCUGUAGGCCGAUGA